AGGCAAUGGAGCCAGGAGUGCCUUCCUGAUCCCAAGAUCUCGCUUCUCUGUCGACCUGAUGAAGGCGUCACAGCAGGACGCACCUCAGGGGAGGCACGGCGGCAAAUGGUAAGCACCAGGUUGCAAUGCAAAGCGACUGCCUGCGCUGCUUGCCUCUUCAGGCUGAAGCGGGUGGUGACAGCCAUUGUGGCCAUUCCCGUGAUCAUCGGCCUCCUCACGUUCGUGUGGCUUACCAAGGUGCUUGCGGUUGUGGCCCUGCUGUUUGGGGCCUACGAGCACGCCCUGCUGCGGUCCACUGCCCUCAACCGCCUGUUUGCGUCCAAGAGCAAGAGCGACGAGCUGGACCGGUCGACGAUAUCGCUGCUGACCAACAGCCAGCUGCCCCUACUGGCCUCGUGCAUCGUGGUGGCCAUCCCGCUGCUGACACACCUGCCCUACCCCACCAUCUCAUUCAGUGUCGCCACACAGGCAAGGAGACCACAGACAGACAGACAGACAGACAGGCAUCAUGCAUGUGUGGAGUGGAUGAGUGGUGCGGCUGUGGCUGUGCCUGUUGCUGUGUAUGCAGGUGGCCUUUCUGUGUUUGCCUUUUGCUUACAUCAUCAAGUAUGCCCUCUUCCACGAACUCGCCUUACGAGGGGGCAAGAGAGAUGAGCACCAACAGCAGCAGCAGCAGCAGCAGCAGAAUGGAGGCACCAGCAACGGCGGCAGGGGGCUCCCGCCCUAUAGUCUCGACUUGCCGUAUGUGUUGAGCCAGAGUGGUCUUGACCUUUUGUUCCUCGCCCAGUAUGCCCUGCCCAUGGCGUUUGCCAUCAUGAUGCGCCAUUUAAGGUAGGUCAGGAGGCUGGCCCGGCCCAACAGGCAUCAGAUGACGCCUGCCUAGUGUUGUGUGAUUCAUUGGCUUGGUGGGGUUGGUGCACUGCAGGGAGGGGAUGGGAUUUGUGAUGGUGUGGAUUUUGUGCACCUUCCAGUCGGAUAACGGUAAGUAAGUACGACUGACAUAACCAGCCGCAUCCAUCCAGGCGUCACGGGACGUGACAGAGGCAGACAGGCAGUGCAGUGUGUUCCAGCCCAGCUCCGCGUUGAUGUGUGUGUGUGGUGUCAGUUGUGGUGCAGGCGGCUUGUUGCUCGGUAUCACCAUGGGACGCACACGCGUACUACCCACUCUAUCACCCAACAAAUCUGUCGAAGGUCCGUCGGCAGGCAAACACGCAUAGCAUAAACAAACAUCGUCAGUCAGGUGUAUGUAUCCUCCCUCCUCUAUGUCUGUGUGCUGUGCGCUCGCCUCCCUCCCUCCCUCCCUCCCUCCCUCUGUCGUUGUCUGUCGUCAGGCAUCCUUGGGUCGAUAGGCAUGAGUGUGUUGAGUGGUUGGCUGCUGCACGUGAUGGCCCAGCAGUGGUGGACGUUCAGCUGCCUCCCCUCGUGUGCACUGCGCGACUAUCUCGCCAUCGCUGCACUGGUUGGCUGAACUCACAACAACAACACCCGUGGAGCGACCCACAUUUGCUGCGGGCCCUUUGUGUGUGUUGUGCACUGCAGGUGUCUGUGGUCGGCAUAGUGGGUGACCUGCUGGAGUCGGCGAUGAAGCGUGCGGCUGCCGUCAAGGACUCCAGCAACCUGCUGCCGGGACACGGCGGAUUCCUCGACAGGGUGGGUGACGAAAGACAGACAGACAAGAGAGGACGAGAGGGCAAGAUAGAUCAUAGGAUCGCUGUCUAUGUGCACGGCGUGUGUGUUGUGAUGUGUUUUGUGGCAGAUGGACAGUUUGCUGGUGGGUGCCCCGGCUGCCUACUUCUACAUCAUCACCUUUGUGGAGCCGCCCACGUGAAGCAACGGAGGGAGGGACGUCACACAGACGGAUGGUGCCUAGACGUGCCUGCCUGCCUGCCUGCCUUGAUGCACGAAUGUGUAUGCGUGUGGGUGUGUGAC